AUGGAGAUGAAAUUUGAAGCUGGGUUGGGUUUCUUCACGGAGAUUGGAAGAGACGAUCGAAACGCUGCGUUUGAACAUUCUCUCAAAAACGCAUCGUUUUUCACCGGUACACUAUCAAAAUCGAAUUUCCGCUCCAGAAACAUACAAACCGAUGAUGGCCAAACCCAACAUCAGCAGCAACAUCGGGAUCUAAACGAUUCAGAAGAAUUUUCGCCGCCAUAUUUACCUCCGAGGAAGAAAUCGAAUGAAAACACUCAACUUUGGACUCCUCCUUUCAGCUUCGGUUUGCAUCCAUGUGUCAAGCCUACUCCUAAAUACAAAGAAGCUGCAGAAUCAGAUCAUUAUAUAACAGUGAGAAGUAAUGGUGGGCUAAAUCAAAUGCGCACUGGUAUAGCGGAUAUAGUAUCUGUUGCGCACAUCAUGAAUGCAACUUUAGUCAUUCCUGAGCUCGACAAGCGGUCGUUUUGGCAAGAUUCAAGAUCCCUGCGAAGAGAUGUGAAGAUUAUCAAGAAGCUCCCAAAGGAAGUUGAGUCUCUACCUAGAGCAAGGAAGCAUUUCACUUCCUGGUCUUCUGUAGGAUAUUAUGAAGAAAUGACGCACUUGUGGAAGGAGUACAAGCUGUGUUGUGAACCGCUGACAGAGUUAACAACAAUUCAGGUCAUCCACGUCGCCAAAUCAGAUUCUCGCCUUGCGAAUAAUGACCUGCCUAUCGACAUUCAGAGAUUGAGAUGCCGUGCACUGUACCGUGGUCUCCGCUUCUCUCCUGCUAUUGAAAGCCUUGGACAGGCCAAUCCAAGGUUCGGGUCGAAGCUGGUCGAGCGGCUCAAGUCACGCGCGGGGAGAUAUAUCGCAUUGCAUCUGAGAUAUGAGAAAGACAUGUUGGCUUUCACUGGUUGUACCUAUGGCCUCACUGAUGCUGAGUCCGAAGAACUCAGAGCCAUGCGGGAAAGUACAAGCCAUUGGAAGAUCAAAAGUAUAAACUCGACAGAGCAGAGGACGGAAGGACUUUGUCCAUUGACUCCAAAAGAAGUGGGGAUAUUUCUCAAAGGUCUUGGAUAUCCUCAGUCAACAGUCAUUUAUAUUGCGGCAGGAGAAAUCUAUGGGGGUGAUGAUAGGCUCUCGGAGCUCAAAUCUCGCUUCCCGAAUCUAGUCUUCAAGGAAAUGCUUGCUGCGGAAGAAGAGUUAAAAGGUUUCACAGGCCAUGCGACCAAAACGGCUGCUCUUGAUUAUAUAAUUUCAGUCGAGAGUGAUGUGUUUGUUCCUUCACAUUCUGGAAACAUGGCAAGAGCCGUUGAAGGUCACCGCAGAUUUCUAGGGCAUCGCAGGACAAUCACUCCAGACAGGAAAGGGUUAGUGAAACUAUUCAAUAAAGUGGAGAGAGGACAGCUAAAAGAAGGAGCAAAGUUGUCAAGUCUUGUGAAGCAGAUGCAUCAAGCCAGGCAAGGUGCACCGAGGAGAAGGAAAGGACCAGCACAGGGGAUCAAAGGACGUGCUCGGUUUCGAACUGAGGAAGCCUUUUAUGAGAAUCCAUACCCAGAGUGUAUUUGCAGUUCAAAGGACCACAAAGAACCCUAA